CUCAGCGUGUAUCGGGGGCAGAUGCAGGCCGCCUCGGGGUUCCUCCAUCAGGCCGUCUUUCUGGCUCAUCAGACCCACAACAACCAGGCCAUCGUCUACACCUACAGUCUGAUGGCGAAUCUGGCCUACAUUCAGGGUGAGCUGGACAGCGCAGAAAAACUCUUCAAAGCUGCAAUGAGCUUCAUGCUGUCAGGAGGAACGCCACAGGAUGACAACGCUGUCAUCGAGAUGUCUCUGAAACUCGCCACCAUCUACGCUGAACAGAACAAGGCGGAGCUUGCAGAGCACGGUUUCAGGUUCUGUACGGAGUCUCUGGAGGCCAAACUGGAAAAACAGAAGGAGGUUCCUGCAGAGGAGCAGACAGAGGAGCAGGAAGCUCUGAGGAAGGAGACCCGCCUCCUCCUCGGCCUGUGUUUGGACUCGCGGGCUCGAUACCGAGCGUCAACACUGCACCUGAACCAGGCCGGACAGGACUACCAGAACGCACUGAACAUCUGCCGCCAGGAGCAGGGAGACACACACCCACAGACUCUGGUGCUGAUGAGCGACCUGGCCACCAUCUUGGAUCUGCAGGGUCGCCAUGACGAUGCCCUGGCGCUGGUCCAGCAGGCCGUGGAUCUGAGCCGCUCUGCCGGACACCCGGACCAACACGUGCUGCUAGGAAACAUGGCCGGCAUCCUGCUGCACAAAGGCCGGCUAGAGGACUCGGUCCGGUUCUACCAGGAGGCCCUGAGUCUGGCUCGGCAGGCCGGAGACCAGGAAACUGUGGACAAGAUCCGGGAGGGACUGGAGGAGGUGAAAAAGAGGAGGAAGGAGGAGAAGAAGAAGGAGUGACGGACUGAUCUAGAACCCUGCUGACCCCUGAGACCUCCUGCUGUAUGCUCCUCCAGAGGACUUAAUGUUCUUUAUUGUUGUGUGUGAUAAAUCAUUAAAUACAUUCAAUCAA